UGCACGGAAAGUUACAACUAAGGCUUUAUCUUUGUGGCAUUACAAGCAACAAAUUCGUGUAUCCUCGCUACUGUCUAGAGACCCACAAGGUUCACACAUCACAGUGAAGCCAUUAGCCCUUUCUUAUUGACCUCCUCGUAACUUCGUUAACCUAAAGGACUUGUAAAGCGGAGUUGAGUAUAACUGCGCUUGAGGUUCGGACAGCUUAUAGGCUCUGACCCCCGAAAUGAACGGCUUAAUACGAGACAGGACUAUGUCGGCAUUGUUCUUUAUCUUAUUGUGCACGCUCUCGGGCCGUUUGGCAUUCGCGGCUGACCCCUACGUGUCAUUGACAACCGACGAUGGCACCACCUACUCCUUCCACCGGACCGACGAUCCAAUUUCAUCUGUCGGCGCAGCUGAAGCUUGCGCUGCGCUAGGCGGCCAGCUGGCCUCCUUCACCUCGCGCGACCAGGUCCUUGCAUCUCUCUGGUCGCAGCAAGUCGUCGACGCCGCAGCGAGCGCGGACACCACCCUGCUCUGGACCGGACUCAAGAUUUCCUGGCCUCCAGCCGGCACUAUUAACCGUCGCAUGCUGCGCGAUAACCUUGCCGGAGUUGCUGACCACGACAGCGAGGAGCUCCUUGCCCGUCUCAUGGACCAAAUGGAGGCCAGCAACGACCCUGUGCCGACCACAACCCGCGACGGCCGUAUGAUCCCACAGCUUGUCCGCGCUUGGAUGUUCCAGCAAAACCAGCAGCGCUCACUCCUCGAGAAGCAGACCUCAGCCAUUUCCGGCUUUGCCAUUGGUCGCCGUGGCCUUUCCAGCGCUGGCAGUGACAGCGAUGAGUCGCCCUAUCUCAAGAACGCACAACUCACCUGGGCUGACGGAAGCGACACGGACUUCAUCCUUUCCAAUCCGACCAACAUGGGCUUCCUGGCUUGCAACCGGAAGAAGGUUUCGGAGUGCUGCGGCGCGGUGUUUGACAUUGGUCCCGACCCCUACCCCGGCGCCGAGUUCCCCACCGUCUUCUUCUACCCCUGCAACUCCUCCAAGAUCUCUGGCGCCUCGCCGCCCUCGGGCUUCAUCUGCCAGGUUGACCCCGUUGCGGAGCUGGAGGCACCCAUGGCACCGUCCCCCAGCCCUGCUACCAAGGCCUGCCGUGCGGGUUUCGCCACCAUCACCAAGGGCGGCUCUAUCACCUGCAAGCGCUGCAAGGCCAACACCUACAGCGCCGACGGCCUGGCCUGCAAGAAGUGCCCUGCUGGCAAGAAGUCGGGUCGGGGUGCCAGCAAGUGCACUUAGGAGCCGAACUAGGUGCCGCCGGCUGCUUCUGAGCUGCUGUGCAGGCUGCCAGCUACUCCGCUGUCGCGAUGUCUUGCCUUGCCUUGCCUGACUUCCAGGCUGUUAAGCUUGUCUCCUCCUCGCCUUAAGGCUGCGUUUAGGCUUGGUAGGCGCGGUAUGAGGAGGCAGCACCGCAUGAGGACAGGGGAAGUGGAAUUUGAGGGAGACAGGAAGGCCGUCUAGUGGAAGGUCGGAGCAGUGCGUUAGGUUUACUGCCGUGAGGGAGGUUGUACAUAGUCGUCGUUGUAGCUGAGGGGUUGCAGCUGCCCAUGGCAUGGCUGCGCAUUCCCACGGGAUAAAGUGUGAGGAAUUUUGUUGGCUGGUUGGUUGCUGUUUGAGUAAUCUAGAACAGAUGCAGUAGCAAGCGAAAAGCAUGUUGCAUGCAGGUUCCUGGGUGAUGCUCCUGCUUGGGCUUGGGCAACAAAAGAAUAAGUGGCUCUAAGGACGCAUGGUGCUGGUUCUGGAUGGGUGGCGACGUUGUAUAAGUUGUAUGCUUAUAUACGAUUGCUGCCAUUUGUUGCCCUUGGACCCGGCCGGAGGGUAAGGCUUUCGAGGCGCUUAAUGAACCAUGUCCGGUUCAGACGAGGCGCGCGCGUGUGUGUGGACGUGCCCAUGAGUUUUUGUGUGUCGAUUCUUAAUACUAGGUCCAGUAGUACUGGACGUUCCUUCUUCAUUUCCCCUUUUGUUAGCGUAGGGUUUCGUCUGUUUAAGGCGAGGUGGGUAUCCUGCUAUGUUGCCAUAGUAAGGGGACCUCCUCUUCCUCCCUGAGAUGCCUGGGAUAGUCUCGCAUGGCCCCCAUGCGUAGUGCGUGAUUUAGGAAUCUAGCAAUACUUGCCCAUCUACUCUUGCUCUCUUUGCCCGUUAUGUGAUGCUUGCGGUUCUAGCUGCCUGCAGACAUUAGUCUUUUCGGGCAAGAGUGGUAUGGGAUUAUUAGAGCCCAUGUCUGUGCGACUUGGGCAACAAUUGAUUGUGAACUGACCCGUGGGUCACGGCGACGGUAAUGUGUCACCGGUUGACCGUUGACGGUUGUUUAUUGUCAGGACAGGAAAGAAAGCAAGCCCGCAGUAAUGCGUGUUUGUCCUAGCGAGUGUUCUCUCAGGCCGUUAGGGUUAGUUGUGUACAGGUUAGGGUGCGUUAGUGUGCCGUUGCUUCUCAUUUGUAAAGGCGGUGGCCUUUUAGGAUGCUAGGACGUGGGCGUGGACUCGCCCCCCGUGUUGUUGCAGUAGCGUGC